GGCUGGCAGACUCCAACCUGGAGGCGCUCCUUCAUUCCCGGUCCUCACGUUUAGGAGCUCAAGCCUAGGACAAUGGUGUGCAUUCCUUGUAUCAUCAUUCCAGUUCUGCUCUGGAUCUUCAAAAUUUUCCUGGAACCAUACUUGUGCCCUCUGGUCUCCCCUUUCGUUGGCCGUAUAUGGCCUAGAAAAGCUGUACACGAAGCCAACAAUAAAAAUAAGGGCAUAGUAGGCUGCAAGGCUGCAGACACAGAUGUAUUACCAACAAAAGGACCAACAGAAAUCUCUGAUAAAAAGAAAGACUAAUGUGAUUUUCCUCAAAGGAUCUCCGCUGUUUGAAAAAUAGACCUGAUGAUAUGAAGCACCUUCUUUGUAGUUGUAUCUGACCUUUUUCUCUGAGACCAGAAUUCUGGAUAGACAAUUUAGAUAUUACCUGGUACUAAUCAGGAAAUACAUGAUAUUUAUAUUUAAAAUGAA